GGUUGACUCAUUUCAGGGAGGAGCUCGAUCUCGAUCUCCGAAGCCGACGCUUCACUCUGCCUCUUCCUAUCCGGCUGCUUGAAGGCGAUCUCCGAUCUUCCACUAAUCCAGAGCUGGAUUUCUGGGUGCAUAGGUUGCCCUCGAUUAAGCUUUAUUAGAGAUCUUGCAUCAUGCGAUUCGUCUACCCCGUGCCUCAGAUCAGCCGAUGAGCAGAUUUUCUGUCCGCAAAGCGACAGAAGAUUGAGAUAUGUCUUCAAGCGGGCUUCCUAUUAGCAAUUAACAUCACAAAAAUGUUGCAGUGGAUGGGAGGCUCACGGAGAAAGGUGAAUGCUUCCAGAAAGUCAAUGCUUAACAAGCAAAAGCAUUACUUUGAACAAAGGAAACGUCAACUACAGAGAACUGGACUGGAUGAUCAUAUUGGUGUUAGUAGCAAAUGGCUUCAUUAUAAUGAGGAAGUGCGAUCCCUUGACAUAUUGAACUUCAUAAAUUUGGCUACAGUUACUCGUGAAGGUAAUCAACUAGAGACUACACGGGCAAACAACUGUUCUUCUAUUCUUCCUGAAAAAGCAUCAGCAACUCAAAAUCUUGGCGGCAAAGUUGAAGGCUUUAAGUUGUCAGCAGCUUCGCGUGAAUGUGGUUCAAACUCUGCUCAUUUUAAAUCACAAGCAAUUGAAGAACAAGUUCAGGAUGAGAAUUUGGUUCUUGGUUUACUCAACGAUGAUGACAAAGAUAGAGAAAUAGACAACAAAGCAAAAGUAGCUCCUGAAACUCAUGUUGCAUUUUCAGUUGGAGGUCUUGGCAAGGUCAGGAUGGAAACUCCUGCUCACUCACCAAGAACACAAAGGGGUUUCAAUUCACCACCAAGGGUGGCUGGACUCUUAAAAAACUCAUCAAAGUUUAGGUCCAUGUCUUCUGAUCUUGGGCUAGAACUGAGUGAAGCUAUGUAUGAUAUCAGUAAGCUAAUUCACAGGGAUUCUGAAGUAGUUUGCAAACAGAAGUGUUGUACUUAUGAGAAGAGGAAUAGGGAAUCUUCGAAGUUUGUUAACUCAUGUAUCUACUCAGAUGUGCUUGAUGAUAUGCCUGAUUUCCUUGGUAGUAACAAUGAAAAUUUUCAAGAAAGGCCAUAUGAAUUAAGAGAAUAUAGUAAUGAUAUUCUGGACGAUAGUUUCAUGGGCAUAUGGGAGCAUGAUGCAGCUUGCGACAUUAAGUCCUAUUCUAGAAAUCACACUUCUGUCAUCUCGAAUGCAAAUACAUCGGAGUUGAAUAACAAUUUCUUUGGGGAUUUCUCUUUAGAUACUAGCAGCUUUGGAGCAGAACAACAUAAGAGACACAUCAAUUCAGAAAUGGAGGACUCCUUAUUCAGUCUUUCAGCAAUAGAAAAAGAAUGCAAUCUCAUAUUUUUUGACAAAGAUAGAAGUAAUUUCAAUCUACCUUCUUGGUCUUUCACUGAAAAGGAAAAUUUGCCAGACAGCGCAAGCUCUUUAAGCGAAGAGUCAUGCACAUCUACUGCAGCUAGAGAAGAUAAACAUUAUGAAUUUCUAUCACAUUCAGCAAAAUUGAGAAGCAAGAAAAGACAUCUAAGUGACCUGGACAAAACCUUCAUGAAUCUGAAUGCAAUCAAGAAAAACCACAUGGAUGAGAUGGAUAUAAGCUCAGAACCUGGAAAAGAUAAGUUCAUACCGAAUCCGUUAAACUCUAAAGCUCAACAUUGCUCAAAAGUUUCACCUGGACUUCAGAGAAUUCCAGAUCUCAGUUUCAAUUUUCAUCUGGAGGAACUUUCAGACUUCAAAGAGAACACAUCUAGAUUGAAAAUGCCUGUUGACCAUGCAAGUCGUUUUGAUUUCAGUUUUGCAAAUGAUAGAUCAGAAGAACUAUCAGGUUUUUCUGUUUGGAACAAGAACCACAAACAAACUAGGAAGACAGAAGUUUGCUUACCAUAUUCAGUCUUCUCUGGGGAUAAUCAAGACAGAAUUCCGAUGCCUGAACCAAUGAGGCAAAUAAAUUCUUCUAUCAAUGAAGGAGAUGUAGAUGGUAGUUCCUCGAAUCUAGAAAGCAAGGUAUUGGGUGAAAAAUCGUUGUGUUCACAGAGCAGCAGAGAAAACAGCAAGGAAAUACAAAGCGGCUGUGCAGAACUAAAUAAUGAAACAAAAAAACCAUCUUUUGGUUCUGAAGGAACCAACUCAGGACUUCAAACUUACAUCAAUGAAAAACUUGAACAUGAUUGCAGUACUCCCGAUCCGAAUCCAAUACAAAUCCUAAAGAAAGGUUCUGUCGAAGAAAAGAUGGGAUCUGAAGUGGCAAUUUUUAGAAGUUUAUCAGGGAAGGACUUCUCCAAAGAGCAUGGAACGGAGACCAUGAUGAAAUUCGACAGUCUAUAUAUCCGUCUCUUGCACAAAGAAUUUAUCUGGAAGUUGACCAAGUAGGUCUGUGCUUUCCCUGCACUUUGUUACAAGCUUA